CAGAAUUAGUAUAUUCCCGGCUAUCAUGACCAAAUUAAGAGUAGUCGGUAUAUAUUUAAUAAUCAUAGUUUUAACGAGCAUCAAAUUCGGGUACUCUGAAGAAAAAUGCAACUCGUUCGAUAACGUUUUUGUUCAGUUAGUCGAUAAAGACGAUGUAGAAUUCAAUCAGACAGUGAACGGAUGUUUAGAAAGGAUUGAAUUUGGAGAAAGGACUGUCAAAUUUGCAUACAUCAGAAACCAGAAAGUGCCUGUCUUAGGAAAGGAUUCCGUGAGAAAUAUGGUGCAACUGCUGACUGUAUCUUUUUGGGGUUGCGAGUUAGACAUAUUGGAACCGUUUGCUUUUAGGAAUGUACCAAGACUGAAAAACGUUCAAAUAUCUUAUUGUAAUCUGAAGGAAAUACCAAAAAAUGUCUUCAAUCAUAUUCCCAGCAUAGAGCAGUUGAGAUUCCACAACAACCAAAUAGACUUCAUCGAAAAUCAAGCCUUCGCGAACUUGUCCGCCUUGAAAAAAGUGUUCGGCAGCGACAAUAACCUGGAAUAUUGGAACAGAGAAUGGUUUGAUGCCAGCCCGAAUCUGGAAGUUAUGGAUUUCCAGCAGAACAAAAUCAGAACGAUACCAAGAAAAGCUUUCGCAGCUCUUCCGAAACUGAAACAAAUUUUCUUCGACUACAACGAAAUCAGCGCUAUUCAGCCAGAUGCUUUCGAAGGAUUGACGUAUUUGGAAUACUUGGGACUGAGGAACAACAGGCUGAAGGUCCUCAAUGAAGAUAUUUUUCCAAACGACAUCAAGAUUAAGAGGUUGUUGCUCAGCGCCAACUAUCUCAAUUUCAUUUCUAACGAGGUUCUGAAGAAAAUGUUCGUGGAAGGGGUUCUCUUGUACCAUAACCCUUGGAAAUGCCCGUGUUUUGAUAGGAUAAACUACUGGCUCUAUACUACCAAAGGAACUUCAGACAAGGAUCAUACGUGCGAGGUCGAUUUUAUUCCAAUUUGUGCUUAUCCGAAUUUGUACUCCCAAUCGUGUUUGGAAUAUGUAGACGAUGAACUUACUCAAAGGUAUCUCAAUAGUUUCAGGGCUUCUUCAACUGAUAAACAUAAAUAUUGUGCAAGAUUAGACUGACACUUUAGUGACUACUGCUAGUUCCUGCUUGACAAAAAAUUGCAACAAAUUAGAUCGACAAAAGAAACUGUAACUUUUGAACUAAGCAGAGCAUUUCGCGCCGAGUGGUUGUUAACAUUAGCUUCUUCAAAAGUGAUAGUUAACGUAUCAAAAAUGAUGAAACGUGUAAAAAUCCUCUCGGCUUUGAUACGUUAUCACUCAGUUAUUAUACGUUAACUGUUUUGAUGCGUCACUUGUCAGUUUUGAUGCGUAAUUUAUCAGUUGGGAGUUUUUCAAAAUGUAACAAAAUGAAGUGGGAAUGAACUAAAUUAUACAUGAGACUGAUAACUUGUUAGUUUUACAGAAUAUAUAAAAAUAUAAAUGCA